AAAGUGUUGUAACGAUGAUGCCCACUUUAGCCUUUCACUGGAGUUUCUUUAACGCAACACUUUUUGCUGGAAAAUAAAAUCUAACGGUAUCAGUGAAAUAAGUUGCAUUCUCCAUAAUAAAAAUUUGUUUUUAUCUAUUUAUUACGAUAAAUAAUCAAUAUUAUCGGAUUGAACUGAUUUUUUACCUUAAAGAGGAACCACUUAAUGAACAUUUAAAAGUUUUUCAAGCGCGAAUGCGGCAGUCGGCUACAGUUCUCGGUUUGCACAACUUGUGCGAAUCCUACAAGUUGAAUAGCCUCGCCUAGUCUCGCUGUGAUUAAUAUAACUGAAGAACCACACUGAACGUAGCAGAGUCUAUCUUUAAAUCAAUAUAUUAAAAGAGAAAUUCUAAAUAAUUCUUUUUUUUUGUGGUGAUGCAUUUAAUAUAAUUUUAAUCUACUGUGAUAAAAAAGUUAUUUAAAAAUGAAUGAUAAAGGUAAAUUAAUGAAAGUGAUCCGAAAACCACCGGUUGAAAUCGAAUUCAACAACAUAUCCUUUGCAACCGGAAAUAAAGAAAUUUUGCACUCUGUGAGUGGAAAAUUCUCUCCCGGUCAAUUAGUGGCGAUUUUGGGGGCUAGUGGAGCGGGGAAAACAACUUUAUUAAACGUGCUUACCGGCCAAUUAUUAUCAGGCGUUUCCGGUGAAGUAUUAGUAAACCAAGAACCUCGAAACAUGCGAAAGUUUCGUAAAAUCUCCGCUUAUUUGAUGCAAGAAGAUCUUCUUCAACCGCUUUUGUCCGUAAAGGAAUCGAUGACGAUCGCCGCUCAUUUAAAACUAGGCAAUAAUUAUUCGCGAGAAGAGAAAGCGGCCGUAAUUCAGGACGUUUUAGGAGUUAUGGGUUUGGAAAAGUGUUUACACACCAAAGUGGAAAAUUUAUCGGGUGGGGAACGAAAAAGAUUAACUAUAGCUUUAGAGUUAAUUAAUAAUCCACCGAUUAUUUUUUUGGACGAACCAACAACUGGGUUAGAUAAUGUCGCAAUGAAAAACUGUGUAGAAAUGUUAAAAUCAUUGACAAAUCAAGGAAGAACUAUAAUUUGUACGAUUCAUCAACCAUCAGAUUCGGUUUUUAAGUUGUUCGAUAUCGUUUAUUUCUUAUCUGAAGGUUAUUGUAUUUAUAAUGGGACCGUAGAUGGAAUCGUGCCCUAUUUAUCUAAUUUAGGAUUUGAUUGUCCUUUAACCUACAGUCCUUCAGAUUACAUUCUUGAAAUACUCUAUUUUAAUCCAACAAGCACCGGCAUAUUAAGUAAAGAAAUGCAAAAUGGAAAAACUUUAGUAAUAACGGGUGAAAAAAUCCAAAAAUUUUGCAAACCAGCUUUAUCUCAAGACGACGCAGACAUCGACAACUCAAACGAAUAUCCAGUCAGUUUCUUCGAUCAAUUUCGAAUUUUACUUUACAGGAAAUUUAUUCAAUUAAAACGGAAUAAAGUUAUGUUGUUCUUGGAAAUGUUACAUCAUUUAAUGUGUGGUUUAUUCCUCGGAAUGCUUUUUUAUGAUGUUGGCAAUUCUGGAGUUAAUUCUUAUGCAAAUGUUAAACUUUAUUUUGGAACAAUCGUUUAUUUAAUGUAUACUCAUAUGCUUAGCCCAAUUUUAGUUUUUCCUGAAGAAGUGAAACUUCUCCACCGAGAAUACUUUAAUAGAUGGUAUAGUUUAAAAGCAUACUUCUUGGCAUUAUCUGUUUCAAUUUUGCCAACGAUGAUCUUAACAUCAUUUUGUUACUUAAUAAUCGUUUACCCGAUGACAGGACAACCAAUGGAAUCCGAUCGUUUCUUUUGGUUCCUGUUAAUUAACAUAAUCAUGUCAUUAACUGCUGAUGGAUUCGGUUACGCAAUCGGUUCAAUUUUAAGCCCUUGGCACGGUGCGACUUUAGGCUCGGCGAUUUCAGUUCCAAUAGUUUUAAUCGCCGUUUACAACAUCGGCCAUGCGGAUCAAGCUUCGGAAGCUGCAAAAACAAUGAUGUCAAUCAGUUUUCCAUACAACGCUUGGGUUGCUUUAACCACUUCCAUGUUAAACGGACGACAACCGUUCGAAUGCGAAGACAUUUUUUGUUACUUUGGAGAUCCAAAGUUUUUAUUGAAAAAAAUGGGUAUGGAUGAGAGAGAUCAAUAUAUCCCCACUUUGGUUUUGGUGGGAUUUUUGGUCGCUUUCAAAUUGGCUAGUUAUGUUUCGUUAAGGUUUCGAUUAUCGCAAAAGUAUUCUCUUAUCGAAAUGAAAUUGAGACCGUUGAUUAAACUUUUUAAUUUAGAUCAAUGAUGAGUUUUUAAAAAAAUUGUUUUAUAUAUUU